AUGAGCGGCGAUACCUUUUGGGAUCGCGCAAAAACUCGGCUUGUCCCGUGGCUAGAAGAAAACCGCGGCCUUGUGAUUCUCAUCUUUGUUUUGCCGGCCAGCUUGGUUUUCGACCUCUUCGUCCGCUUCCGCGUCUGGCUGAACCGAGCGUUUUUGCAGAAGCAUUCCACACACGAAUCGCGGGUACAGGAGAUUCAGGAUCGGGUAACAGCCUGGCGCACACAGCCCACCAAAGAUCGAAAAUUGCUAUGCACGGCUCGCCCGAAUUGGCAGAGCUUGUCUACUACGUUUUUUCGA